AUGGCGUACUUGAGUUUCAAUGAUAGCUUCAACUCCAACCUGAAGUUCACGACGGACAAUGCGGAGGAGAACGAGGAGAUGCUGAAGAAGGACCUGCCCUUGCGUUACUCGUGGUCCAUCUGGGAGCAGAUCAUGCAGUCAAACGACAAGGGCUCUGCGUACUCCGACGCGACCCACAAGGUGGCCUCCUUCUCCACCGUCCAGUCCUUUUGGAAGCUCUGGAACCACAUGCCCCAGCCCUCCGAACUGCUCGAGCAGAAGCGCAUGGUCCGCGAGCAGCCCGACGGCCUCCACUCUGCAUGUCAUCGACGCCAUCAUGAUCUUCCGCGAAAACAUCCGCCCCGAGUGGGAGGACAAGAUGAACGCGAAAGGUGGCCACUUUCAGUGGCAGCUGAAGCCGUCCAUCGGCGGCGGGCAGAUCGACGAGUACUGGAACAACCUCGUGCUCGGCAUGAUCGGCUCCACCAUUGA